GACGUUCAACGAGUGCGGUGUUUUUUAAUUUUUCAAUUCUUCAUUCGUUCUCGGUUGAAAUUUUUUUUGAAAACUUCUCCACAAUUAUUAAUUCUUCUAUUAUUUUUUUUGUAACAAAGUGUUUCAACGAUUUAUCAUCAACUAAAAACGUGCGUUAUUAGAAAAAUAUCCAGAUAGCAAAAAUAAUAAAAACACAAAAUCCAAUAGAAAAUAAAUUGCAAUAUCCAAAACCUAAAGAAAAAAUUUCAUUGAACGAAUGUGAUUGUUUUGCCGCCUUUUUUUUAUAACAAAAAGAAAAAAAUAACUAAAAUAAACUAUUUAUUUUAAUAUAGAUUUUAUUUUUGUAUAGAAAACAACAACCUCCUGCAACAAGCUACAACUUCUUCACACUCUCAUGCAUGUUGAAUGAGGCAAAAUAAAAAAAAGAAAAAGAGAUAGAGAGUCAAAUUUUCUAGCUGUGUAUAAUUUUUUUAGUUUUAAAAGAAAUUCAAAAUUGUAUAAAAAAAACUUUUCCUAUAAAUUUAUUGUUAUUGUACGUUUUUCGCUGAGUGAUUGACUAAGGAAAAGUAAACAAAACAAAAAUAAAUAAACAAACAAACAUACAUCAACAACUACUACGACAACAAAAAAUAACUGUAACACAACAACUACAACCUUAUUAUUAUCAUUAUUAUCAACAACAACAACUGCAAGCAACUACAACAAAGAAUAAACAAACGCAGAAGUAGAAGAAAAAGUAAUAGAAAAUGUCUUUUCGUGUAGUAAGAAGUUCAAAAUUUCGUCACGUUUACGGUCAAGCUUUGAAACGUGAACAAUGCUACGAUAAUAUACGUGUCUCCAAAAGUAGUUGGGAUUCAACAUUUUGUGCAGUGAAUCCAAAAUUUUUGGCCAUCAUUGUUGAAUCGGCAGGUGGUGGUGCAUUUAUAGUUUUACCUCAUAAUAAGGUGGGACGUAUUGCUGCUGAUCAUCCCCUUGUUGGUGGUCAUAAGGGUCCUGUGCUUGAUAUUGCUUGGUGUCCCCACAAUGACAAUGUAAUUGCCUCCGGUUCGGAAGAUUGUGUUGUUAAAGUUUGGCAAAUACCCGAUGGUGGUCUCUCCAGAACUUUAACCGAACCCGUUGUGGAUUUAGUUUUCCAUCAAAGACGUGUUGGUUUGGUAUUAUGGCAUCCCUCCGCUUUAAAUGUUCUCUUAACAGCCGGCUCUGACAAUCAGGUUGUUAUUUGGAAUGUUGGCACUGGUGAAAUCUUGGUACACAUUGAUUCACAUCCAGACAUUGUUUACAGUGCCUGUUUCAAUUGGGAUGGCUCAAAACUGGUAACCACCUGCAAAGAUAAAAAGAUUCGCAUCUAUGAUCCGCGCACAGGUGAAGUGGAGAGUGAAGCUUUGUGUCACGAAGGCUCAAAGGCGACAAGAGCAAUUUUCCUACGUCAUGGUUUAAUCUUUACCACCGGUUUUAAUCGUUCCUCAGAGCGACAAUAUUCUCUUAGAGCACCCGAUGCUUUAAGCGAACCUAUUGUUAUGGUUGAAUUGGAUACAUCCAAUGGUGUAAUGUUCCCUCUGUACGAUCCCGAUACAAAUCUUAUAUUCCUCUGUGGUAAAGGUGACUCUGUCAUCAGAUAUUUUGAAGUCACACCCGAACCUCCAUUUGUCCAUUAUAUCAAUACCUUCCAAACACCCGAUCCCCAACGUGGUAUUGGUAUGAUGCCAAAACGUGGCUGCGAUGUCACCACCUGUGAAAUUGCCAAAUUCUAUCGUCUCAACAAUAAUGGCUUGUGUCAAGUUAUUUCAAUGACUGUACCCCGCAAAUCUGACUUGUUCCAAGAGGAUUUAUAUCCCGACACUUUAGCCGAAGAUGCUGCUAUUACCGCUGAAAAAUGGAUUAUGGGUGAAGAUGCUGAACCCGUUACCUUCUCGCUUAAAGAUCGUGUUUCUAUUGUGCAGGGUGGUUAUGUGUCACAAUCGGCCAACAAAUCGCUGUCGGUGUCCAAGAAGGCCAAUAUACUCAAUAAAGCAGCCGCAGGAACCUCAAAAAGUGCCACAACAGCGACCUUGGGUGGUGGAAAUAAUGCUGCCGAUGGUGGUGCCUCCAGUGGGUCAGCGACGGUUAGUGGUAUAACUGAAAAAGAUUUGCGUGAUAUCACCGAUGAGAUACGUAAACUCAAGGCGAUUAUUGUUAAACAUGAAAAUCGCAUUAGAGCCUUGGAAGCAGCUGUGAGGGCCCAAGAAGAUGAUACCGAUGCUGUAGCCACUAGGAAUGCCAAUAAUAAUGCCAACAGCAAUGACACCAAAGCCUCCGAUAGCAAUAAAAAGGAUACCAACGACUCGAGCGCCAAUAAUGACAAUGGCACUGCAGCUACUGCUGCGUCGGACGAGGCGUAAAUCCAGUUUUCGCCUUUCAUACUAGUACUACAACAACAACAACUACUACUGCUACAAACUUUUGUAGUUAAAUAAUCUACUACCUUUUACACUACUACUACAAACUACUUCAAAACGUCAAACUACAAAGAAACAAUUUUCAAAAAAAACUUCAAAAACUACAAAUUAAAGUAAUAAGAAUAAUGAUGAUGCAAAGCGAAGCAAAGCAAAGGAAUUCAAGAAGGAGUACGUUGUGUCGUGCCUUUCUUUUAUUAUUUUUGUAUCAUUAUCAUAAUAUGUAUACAUAAUUAAUUAUAAUUAUUACACAAACCACAAAGAAGAAAAAAUAACAACAACAAAGGAAAUUAUUAUAUACAUACAUGUUUUUUUAAUUAUUUUCUCUAUAUAACUUAUAAUUUUGUAUUCGUAUUACUAUUUACUCCCUUUUUAUUAUAAAUUAUAUUUGUUUGUAUUAUUUAAACUCUUGUCAUCUUAGUUCUCUUAUAAUUUCUAUACAACACUUCUUAUCUCUCUUUUAAUAGUUUGAUCCUUCUACUCUCUCUUCCUAAAUACCCUCUCUGUAUUUAUUAUUUUUUACCACCAUUUCUUUUUUACUAUAUAAAAUUGUUUUUAUUUGUAUUAUUUUUUUUAAUUUCUAUAAAUUAAUUUUUUUUAUUAUUAUUAUUUUUUAUUAAUUAUAAAAUAAACAAAAAAACAAAACUUAAUUAAUUUUUAAUCGUAAAAAAACCAUUAAAUCAUCGUUUUUUAAUUAAUUUUUAAUUUUUAAAAAGCCUCAAAAAGCUCAACUUUAAUUAAGUAUGAUGACUACAACAAAAAAUGAAAAAAAAACAAUGUUUUUUUUAUUUUUUUAAUUUAUUUUGUUGAAUUUAAUUUGUUACAAAAUACCACUACUUACACUUACAUACAUUAUCAUAAAUAAUUUGCUCUUUAUACAAACAAUUUAAAAAAAAUAACAACCUGCCUUCUUCUCUUAACAUGCGACUAUAGUUUAAAUAAUAUUUCUUCUUGAAAAACUAAAAAAUAAAAUAAAGCAACAACCCUCCAAAUAUAUUUAAAACUAACUAAACAAAUACAUAAUACAUAAACUGUUUCAUAAAUCCGCCCGUGUUUUUAAUUCAAUAUUUUCUAUAAUAAUUUGUAAAGCCAAGGUAAAAAAUAAAACUAAAAUUAAAAACAAAACAAUUUAUUUGUAAUUAAAUCGAAAAACUUAUAAGAAACGCCACCCCCAUUUAAUUAUAACAAAUAUUAUAUUAUGCCUCCUCCCAAAUAAAAAGAAAUACUUUUUGUAAUUUUUUUCAAAGAAAAUAAAAAUUAAAGUUAAAUAAAAAGAAAACAAACAAAAAA